AAAAAAGCUGUACUCGAGAGCAGAGCACCGCUUAGCUCGAUUUUCAUAUUAACAAGAAAAAAACGUCAGUGAUUUUCAUGUUCUUCUUGUUAGACUAAUUUGAGGGAAAGUUGUAGAGUCUAUGAUGAUCCACUCAUCGAUGGAGGUUUCUUCUUUCUCCACUGUACCUCCCAGAUUUUGUUACUCAUCAUCCUCUCUUCCAACAGAAACGUCUCGAUUUGGAGGGGUCAAAGUUCACUUACGCGACCAAUCUCUUGUUCCUGCUCGAUUGAGCAUACGAACACGAAGAAGAAGAACACCUAGUAAUCUGGUUUCGUGUAGUCAAAAGAGAGAUGUCACUAUUGUUGAUGGAAGUUGUAUGGAUGAGAUAUAUGAUAAGUUGGCGGAACGUCUUGUCCCUACAUCAGCAGCAAUGUUUAGCCCCAAUGUUAAACGUUUGGUCGGUCUGGCUGGUCCCCCUGGUGCCGGGAAAAGCACGUUAGCAUAUGAAGUUGUACGUCGUGUAAAUAGGUUAUGGCCUCAGAAAGCUGCUUCUUUUGAUGCUGAGGUUAUGCCGCCUGAUGUCGCUACUGUGCUUCCUAUGGAUGGGUUCCACUUGUAUCGUUCCCAGCUUGAUGCCAUGGAGGAUCCUAAAGAAGCUCACGCGAGAAGAGGAGCUCCUUGGACUUUUAAUCCUGCACUAUUACUCAACUGUUUAAAGAAGCUGAGAAACGAGGGCUCAGUUUAUGUGCCAUCAUUCGAUCAUGGAGUUGGAGAUCCAGUUGAAGAUGAUAUCUUUGUUAGCCUCCAGCAUAAAGUGGUGAUUGUGGAGGGAAACUAUUUGCUGUUAGAAGAAGGAUCUUGGAAAGACAUCUCUGAUAUGUUUGAUGAGAAGUGGUUCAUUGAUGUCAAUCUCGACACAGCGAUGCAACGUGUUGAAGCCCGACAUAUCUCAACCGGUAAACCACCGGACGUUGCUAAAUGGCGGAUUGAUUACAACGACCGGCCCAACGCAGAGCUGAUAAUGAAGUCAAAGACGAACGCGGAUGUACUGAUCAGAUCCAUCAGUUUUUGAAUCUACUUUCUUGGCUGUUAUUGCAUGAAACAGAGUAACAGACAGACGACUAGACGAUGGAGAUGAUGAGUAUCAAAAAACUCAAUCUUUUGCUCUCAAAUUUAAGUUUGUCUUUGUGAUUUAAUAUUCCAAUAAGGCAUUUCUGCAUGCAGUAAGCUGUGACAUUCCCAUUACUAUGAUGUUCUAUGAUGGUAUAUAUAUACGUGAUAUUUGACCAAAAAAGAAAAAAAAGCAAGAAUAUUUUUUUUGGCUA